AUGAAAAUUUUUGAAUAGAGUUUUGGCAAACAAGAAGGUUUUCAAAUGACAGCUUAGUUCUUUAAUCCAUUAAUUGGAAAAAAGAAUGAAUAUAUUUAAAAAAGAAAGAGAGAAAACUCUUUAGCCCAAUAGAACCUUGAAGCUAUUAAAUCAAUAUUAUCUAAAACUAAAAUACUUCAAAAAAAUGUACUUUGUAGAAAAACUACCACUCACUCAACGAAUGAUUACAAAUAAGAUAAUCUUUAUAGUUAUCAAAGUACUAAAUAAAGUACCUAAUAAAGUACAUAAGAUUCUCAAGAUUUUAGCAAUAACAUUCCUAAGAUUCAUGAUAUGAAAAUUAGAAAUUCAAUUAAUUCUUUUAAUAUUCAUAACUACAAAUCUAGUUUUCAUAUAAAAAUGCCUAUACUUAAAGAAUAUAGUAGUUAGGCCACUUAAUAAUUAGAAAACAAUUCUGGGUUGAGCAAGAUUUCUAAUAGUUUAGAAGAGAAGAAAUAUAUAAUUAAAGUAAAGGAUCCUUUUGGAUAAGCAAAAUAACCACCUACAUAACCAACAAGAAAAUAUUCUUCGAAAUCAUUCGUUAAUUAAAAAGCUCAAAUUAAAUUGGUAAAUAGAAUAUUUUCUUCAAGAUCAGAGAGCUUAGAAAAAUGA